UAAUUUCCACUUCCCAUUAGUAACAAUAAAAAAUUCCUGAAGCUACAAAAUAAUCAUUUCGAUACCAAAGAGAGAAAUAAAGAGAAUAAGACCAUCACUUUCUUAUUCUGCACUCUUCUUUUCUUUCUCCAUUUGAGAGAAUAUAUUACUCUCUUUUUUGUUUUUCAGGGGAAAAAAUUACCCAAAAAAAGAAAUGGGAAGAGGAAGGGUGCAGUUGAAGAGAAUUGAGAACAAAAUUAAUAGGCAAGUUACUUUCUCAAAACGUCGAUCUGGUUUGCUUAAGAAAGCUCAUGAGAUCUCUGUGCUUUGUGAUGCUGAGGUUGGUUUGAUUGUUUUUUCUACAAAAGGCAAACUCUUUGAAUAUGCCACUGAUUCUUGCAUGGAGAGGAUCCUUGAAAGAUACGAAAGAUACUCAUAUGCUGAGAGGCAACUUGUUGCUACUACUGAUCAUAGCUGCCCGGGAAGCUGGACCCUGGAACAUGCAAAACUUAAGGCUAGACUUGAGGUUUUGCAGAGAAACCAAAGGCAUUAUAUGGGAGAAGAUUUGGACUCGUUAAGUACGAAGGAACUUCAGAAUUUGGAACACCAGCUGGAUUCUGCUCUUAAACACAUUCGCUCAAGCAAGAACCAAUUGAUGCAUGAGUCUAUUUCUGAGCUUCAAAAAAAGGACAAAGCACUGCAGGAGCAAAACAACCAGCUUUGCAAGAAGGUGAAGGAGAGGGAGAAAGAGUUGGCCCAGCAAAAUCAGCGGGAGCAGCAGAACCAAGAACUCAACUCACCUUCAUUUAUUUUUCAACAGCAAUUGGACUCUCCUAACCUUGGGGAAGCAUAUCAGAGUACUGCAGAAGAAAAUGGAGAAGUAGAAGGAGGUUCGCAGCAGCAAACUGCUAAUACUGUGAUGCCACCAUGGAUGAUUCGCCAUCUUUAAUGGCUAAUAACUUAAUGGUCAGUAUUAAGCUAGGUAUUUUUGUCUAAGAAUAAAGUAAACGUUUCAUAUAUGUUUACCAAAAAACAACUCUAUCUCUAAUCUACACAAUAAUAUAGUUAUAUAUAUAGAUGAGCUGCAUGUUGUGAAACAUUACUAUGUUAAAAUGAACUGAUCAUUUAUCA